UAGGGUGUAAGCUGGAGCUGGGCUGCAGCUUGGGAUACGUUGGAGCUGGAGCGAAGCUGGAGCUGGGGUUGUUCCUAUAUUUUUGGCAGGAGUGUUCAUCUUGAGGCCAGCGCUUCUCUCGUUCAUGCGCGUGCAGCCGCAUCUGUGCAUACCUGGUGUUUUGUAUACUGCCCCCGCUCGGGGUACCUUCAUUUUCGUCUCCCGUUGCUAGUUACUGUUUGUGCUGGUUGUCUGUUUGCUGCGCAUUUCCAUGAUGUCCUCCGCCUGGCCUGUGGUGCGUGGUUUUCAGUUUCGGUUUUGGGGCAGGCCUUCCCAUCUCUUCCGCAUCCUCCCCUCUUGCUUGUCCUGGGCGCUGGGUCUGCCGACCGUCUGUCUCGUUUUCGUGCAAGUCGUCGGCUCUGGCUCGUCAUUGCCCCGUUUUGGCCACUUCGAGGCGAGAGGCUGAGCACCGUGGAAGGAGCUCACAGUCAAACCCAGUGGUGGCGAUGCUGGUGCUUCCUCCAUGCUCCCCUUGCGUCCUCAUCUGUUCGGCCCUGUGCAUGCUUUCCUGCCGCCGCCGCUGCCAAGGGUCUUGCACGCUUCCCUUGCAUCCUUGUGUGGUUUCCUUCCUCAGUGACCCACGAGAUCUCGGCCCCUCGCCAAGUGUGGCGGGGAUGCUAUGGCCAUCGCGCUCAGAGAAGCACGGGCAGGGAGAGCAGUGACCGUGAGCAGUACAGCCGAAACCGGUAGUAAGCAUGGGGGCUUGCGUCCUUAUCGCACACUCUUAUCACCAGUUUCAGAUGUAGCGGCAUGGAGAGCAGCGAACAGGACACCCAAACUAAACACCAGCAUCGAUCUUGGCCGGGCCGAUCCUGUACAGUUGGCGCCCCGCUGCGAGCUGGGAUGGCGGCGGAGGCCUAACGGGAGCAGAAAAGUAUGGAGGCGUUCCGGGUGCGCAGAAGAAACAUCCGGCUUUCUCGAGCCCAUUGCCCGGGCACAAGCUCUGCGAGUUGCGCGCCAAGGGCUUCGUGGCGGGGUGCUCCUGGACGGCUUCUGCGGCGCGGGGGGCAACGCCAUCCAGCUCGCACGCCUCGCCUCGACGGCAAGGGAGCCUGCGUCGUGCUCGGCCUGGAUGUUGAGAGGCGGAGGCUCCUGGCAGCGCGGGCGCACGCGCAGAUCUACGGCGCCUCUGGGCGACUGGAGCUUGUGCUGGCCGACUUCCGCAGCGCCCCGCGCCUGCUUCGCCGCGGAGAGUGGCCGCGGGCGUCUUUCUGUCGCCUCCGUGGGCCGACGGGGGCGUGGUGAACCCGGACAACGACGGGCGCACAUCUGG